CUCCUCCCGCUCGCCGUUAGGGAGGCUCUGCGUCUUAGCCGCUGCAUCCGUCGCCGCUCCUGCCUCCUCACCCGCGUCUCCGCCGCCGCCACCGCCGGGGACAUCCGGGGGUCGCUUACCGGGCUGGCCCUGUGCCUCAGCCGCCGCUUCAAACUCCCGCCAGCGGCCGCCUUAGGAAGAGGCUCGCCGGCCGCGGAGCCGCUCGAGGCCUCAGUUCUCGUCCUCUUCCCGUCGCCGCGGGUCCUGGAGAAGCGGCCGGGGAACGGGGCGUCGCGGUUCCAACGAUUAACUGCUGAAGUACUGAUCGAGUUCUGCGUUUCUUCAAUGAGGAACUACAGGCUGAUCUUCUGCCAUAAUCUCAAACAGCCAUAAAUGACAAAAGAAUGCUUGCUCAGUGAGGGUAGCUGGUACAGAAUCCAUUUUUUAAACUUAGGUGUUUAAGUGCUCAAAGAAAAGACAGCUUUGAUUUCUGGCUGCAACAAAGAUAUGAGGAAGAGCUCCUCCCCUUCCUUGAGUAACUGCAACUCCGUUCUUGCUAACAAAAUAUUUGGAAUUCCACUUGAUGAGCUGCAGCAGGGAGGACAUCCAGACAAUGAGGUUCCGUUCAUAGUUCGCCAUGUUGUGGACUAUAUUGAGGAACAUGGAGGUCUGGAGCAACAAGGACUUUUUCAAGUCAAUGGGAAUGCUGAGACAGUGGAGUGGCUUCGGCAGAGAUAUGACAGCGGAGAAGAAGUGGAUUUGGUUAAGGAAGCAGAUGUUCCUUCAGCUAUUAGUCUUCUUAGGUUUUUCCUUCAAGAACUUCCUGAACCUGUUAUCCCUGGCAGUUUGCAUAUUAACUUGAUGCAGCUUUCUCAAGAUUAUAGUAAUGAAGAUGAAUUUGGAAGAAAGUUGAGGUUCCUCUUGCAACAACUUCCACCUGUUAAUUACAGUUUGUUAAAGUUUCUGUGUAGAUUUUUAGCCAAUGUAGCAUCACAUCAUGAAGAAAUUUGGUCUGCAAACUCCUUGGCUGCUGUCUUUGGUCCAGAUGUCUUCCACAUUUACACUGAUGUGGAAGAUCUGAAAGAGCAGGAAAUAGUGAGCAGGAUAAUGGCUGGACUUCUGGAAAAUUACUAUGAGUUUUUUGAAAAUGAAGAGGAAGAUUUUUCAUCUAAUGAUUUGAGUUCAAUUACUGAACAGGUUAAUGGACUUUCUGAGGAAGAAGAGGAAGAUGAAAAACUGGAACAUAUAGAGGAACUUCCAGAAGAGGGAGCAGAAAAAUCAAAUGACAUGCCAGAGGUGGUACAAUUAAGGAUGACUGAAAGCAUCCUGGAAACAAAUAGUGUUACAGCAUCAACAAGUGCCCAUAUAUCUCCCACCAGCAUCUUACCAGCCUCUGCAGACGUUUUAGAAAGAACAAUUAGAGCAGCUGUGGAACAGCACCUUUUUGAUCUGCAGAGCAGCAUAGAUCAUGAUCUUAAGAAUUUACAACAGCAAAGUCUGGUGUGUAAUAAUGAAGCAGGAAGUAUUAAUUGUGAUGGGGAAGGAUCUAAUAACCAGGUUGAUAUUGCUGAUGAUAUUAUUAAUGCCAGUGAAAGUAACAGAGACUGCUCAGAACCUGUGGCUAGCACUAAUUUAGACAAUGAAGUUAUGCAGCAAGAUUUUGUAUUUGAGGAUGAAGAAAAUAACCAGUCUGUAGGAAUACUGUUAGAGCCAUGUGGUGACCAUGGUGAUAAUGAAGAUGGCUGUCUUGAGAGGAAAGAAUAUUUGUCAUUUGACAGUGAUAAAUUGUCUCACUUGAUUCUGGAUUCUCACAGCAAGAUAUGUGAUUUGAAUGCCAACACUGAAUCAGAAGUGCCAGGAGAUCAAAGUGUUGGUGUUCAAGGAGAAGCAGCAUGUGUCCAGAUUCCACAUUUAGAUCUGAAGAAUGUUUCUGAUGGUGAUAAAUGGGAAGCGUCAUGCCCUAUCACUUUUCCCCUCAUUGAUUUCAAAACAAUGCAUCUGCAGAGAGAUGGGGAGGAGCCAUUUCCUGCUUUUAAGUCUUGGCAGGAAGACUCUGAGUCUGGAGAAGCUCAGCUCUCUCCACAAGCUGGAAGAAUGAAUCACCACCCCCUGGAAGAGGAUUGUCCUCCAGUAUUAUCACACCGUAGUUUAGAUUUUGGGCAAAGCCAGCGUUUCCUACAUGAUCCAGAAACAUUGGCUUCCUCAUCUAAAGCACUUUCUUUUGCUAGGAUUCGAAGAUCAUCCUUUAGUUCAAAAGAUGAGAAAAGAGAAGACAGAACACCAUAUCAGUUGGUCAAGAAACUUCAGAAAAAAAUCAGACAAUUUGAAGAACAGUUUGAAAGGGAAAGAAAUAGCAAACCAUCCUACAGUGAUAUUGCAGCUAAUCCAAAGGUUUUAAAGUGGAUGACAGAGCUUACCAAACUGCGGAAACAAAUUAAAGAUGCAAAACACAGAAGCUCUGAUGGAGAAUUUGUACCUCAGACACGUCCGCGUAGUAACACUCUUCCAAAAAGCUUUGGCUCUUCUCUAGACCAUGAAGAUGAAGAGAAUGAAGAUGAAUCCAGGGUCAUUCAUAAGGAGAAGAAGCCAUCUAAAGAAGCAACACUUGAACUUAUUCUGAAAAGACUGAAGGAAAAACGUGUUGAGAGGUGUCUUCCAGAAGAUAUCAAAAAAAUGACAAAAGAGCAUUUGGUAGAAGAGAAAACUUCUCUUCAGAAAAGUCUUCUUUACUAUGAAAGUCAACAUGGAAGGCCGGUGACCAGGGAAGAAAGGCACGUUGUUAAACCUCUCUAUGAUAGAUACAGACUUGUAAAACAGAUGUUGACAAGAGCUAGCAUCACUCCUGUCCUCGGAUCACCAUCCACGAAGCGAAGGGGUCAGAUGUUACAGCCAAUCAUAGAAGGAGAAACUGCACAUUUUUUUGAAGAAAUCAAGGAGGAAGAAGAGGAUGGUGUAAGUCUGUCCUCUGAGUUAACUGAUAUCUUGCAAACUGCUGUACAGGCACAGUCUUCAUUAGAAAACUCAGAAUCUGAUGUGGAGGAAAAUCAAGAAAAACUGGCUCUGGAUCUCCGAUUGUCAAGUACUCGAGCAGCGUCUAUGCCUGAAUUACUGGAACAACUUUGGAAAGCCAGAGCUGAAAAAAAGAAACUACGUAAAACAUUACGGGAAUUUGAAGAAGCAUUUUAUCAACAAAAUGGAAGGAAUGCCCAGAAAGAGGAUCGUGUUCCAGUGCUUGAGGAAUAUAGGGAGUACAAGAAAAUUAAAGCCAAGCUUAGGCUUCUUGAAGUUCUUAUCAGCAAACAGGAUUCUUCAAAAUCCAUAUAAAAUAUGCUCCUUUGAAAACAUCAUAAAAUCAGUUGUAUUCCCUGAAGCUAAUCAUCGUGUGUACUUGGCUGGUACUUGAGUUCAUUUUAUCAGGCACUCAGAGUCUCAUUUUGUAACUUGGUUGUGGUGCCACUAGAGAAAUGAUGGGGGGGUAAGUAGACCCUCUUUAGGGAGCACAAUGUUCCAUAUUAACCACAGACUGUCCUCUCCACCUUUAACAAACAUCCAGUUUUCUUCAUUGUUUUGUACUACAGAUACAUCCUGUUAGCAAAAGACUAGUAUUUUAUCCUUUCAACCUCAAGAACUUUGGAAGUACAAGCUUUUUGUUAUUACCAACUUUAUUAUUUUUCAUUACUGAAGAAAAUUAAGAGGAAAAUCUUCAUAUUGAAUUCUUCAGUUGCCUUUUUCUUACAGAAUGACUGAAAAUUUGAAAGAAAAGCCUAUAAAUGUGCACAUGUGCAACUGUUCUAUGUUUUCUUAGAAAACCAAAAUCAGCUGAAAUUUCAAGUCCUACUGUGGAACACAUUUCUGUUUAAUUUCCAAAGUAACACUUUUUCACAGGUAGUAUGUUAGCAAAGUUUUGCAAUUCAGUGGUCACACAACUACUGGAUCAAGAUGACAGAGAGUAGACCAAAAAGUGACCUUGCCUAUUAGUAUAGUGAAAACACACAUCACAUAACACACAGAACUGAAUCAUACCACAUGCUGCCUAUGGGACUUAAGUUACUGUUUGUUUUCUCAGCUACUAUUUAUCUGCUGGUGAUGGUGUGAUUUGUCUGGAUCAAGUCCUCCAUUUUUUCUCCCUACCCACCUCCAGAUAAUGUGAGAAAAGAGCCAUGUCAGUAUGUAGGAGCUCUGAUGGUACUCAGAUUUGUGUGUUGAAUCAAAUGGGCCUAAAUUGGCAAAAGAAUUAUUUUGCCUGAAGUAGAUCUGUUCUUAACAAGGGCUAUACCACUGCAUUUUAACAUGUACAUUCAGGGGGUUGCAUCUUUUUUUUUUUUAUCUUAAUCAGCAAAAUCAAUAAAUAAAACAUCUUUUAAAGGGACCACCUUUUGCUUAGUAACAUGCUGUUUAAAGUGCUGGUCACAAGAUGUGUAGUGGUAUGCCCCUUGUCAUAUACUUUAAGCAUCUUUUUUUCUUUGGCUUUGCAUGACUUUUCUUCAGGUACUCAUGUGGUAUCAUUCUGCUACUCAUUUUCACAGAAUGGUGAUUUUAUUUGUGCUAACAAUAUGACAGUCAUUAAUAGCAUAUUCUGGUCAGGCUCGAUCUAAGUGUUCAUUUUUUUCCUGGUGCUUUUUUGGAAUGAUGAGUGUCUCACUUUGAGUGUGCCCAUGUUUUGCAUGCAGUGACUCAUGCAUGGUUUUCUUAACUAGCUAAUAUUUACAAUUUAUUCCAUACAAAAAUGGACUUUUGCAACAUCCUUUAAUAAGAUGAGGGAAGCAUGAACCUCAGACUUCUGGCACUAUUACAUAGUAGGCACAAGAAAUAGCUUGAUAAUAUGUAGUAUUUCUAGUACUUCACAUUUCACCUGUGUGUGCAAUGCCUUUUUUGCAGGGAGGGAAUAUUCAUUGGUAGUGAACAUACAGUUAAGGAAUAAAGCACUAAAUCUAGCCCUUUUCAUGUCAUUUCCUUUUGAUAAACUAGGUUAUUCAUAAUGUAUACCUAGAAAAAAAAUCAAAAUGCCAAAAGAUCACUUUGAUUUGAAUCCAUCAUGCAGUGUGCAUUUAGUUACUAUAUCAGUCUCCAGACAGAAGUAUAUCCAAACAUCUGAUUUAAUGUGCACUGUAUAUUGUUUUAUAUGAAUGUUUUAUUAUACCACAUGCAAAAAUGUCCAUGUGCACUAUUUAAAUGUUUUAAAUAAUAUAUUCCUUCUUUAUAAUGCUAAAUCUAUAUGAGUACCAUAUUUUUAUAAGUCAGUGGCCUGACUGGUUUCAUUUUAAAAUUAACAGCUGCUUCAUGAUGUUGGUUAUUCACUGUUAAUGUUUGGCUGCAAAUAGAAUAGAUAAAAGUGGCAUGGCGGCACUUAAGCUGUGUGACAGUAUUGUGUGUCAUAGUUGAGCAGUAAGUGGUAGAAUUAGGCAGUUUGUGAUAGUUUUACUUUGGUACAAGUAAAAACUAUAUCUAUAUACAAACAAUAUAUAGAUAUAUAUGACCACCAAUAUAAUUGCAUUGCUCUGUCUGGCACUUCAUUGUAUAGACUUUUGUAAUAAAAGAACUUUAAUGUUCUAAGACAUUGUAAAUGUUGUUUGCU